AGAGGGUGUGUAGGCCUUCUCGCCGUGCGGACUCCGCUGGCCUUACCCCAACGGUCAACAAACGGUGUAUUGUACCAGCGCAAUCACGCUUCAAAUGAAGGCGGCCUGGUUCAAAACCCUCAUGAGCCUCGUGGGCUCCGGUGCGGCGCUAUCCCCGGAUAUCCGGAACGCUGGCUUUUCAGCCAGCAACCUCGACACACCUGAAGUGCUACAUCCGCGGUCCUUUGCCCAUUUCGGCUCUCAGCGCGUCAGGAUCAACUACGGCCGCUUUACCGUGCCUCCGGCAACCGAGGAAAACGGCGUCAAGCGCUUUUCACUGCAAACCGCGCCGCCCUGUAAAGACUGCCUGCUCACGCGCAUUCGAGCCGACCUGCAGCACCCCGAUGGGACCGGCAGUGCCAACCGCGACACAGACGUCUGGCUCCGCCACGUGCUCGUCACCAACCUAGAGCGCGACUCCGCGACGUGUCCGCUGCUCGCAGCGCCGAUCUACGCCUCGGGCAACGAGCGUGCCGAGGCAGACAUCUCUCUGGGCAGCACCCUCAAAGCAGGCUACCCCCUCUCGCCCACCGCCAUCCUGAUCUUCACCCUCAAGCUGAUGAACCCCUCGCCGACCACCGCCCAGGCCGCCGUGCUCACCAUGGACUGGGAAUUCGUGCCGUGCCCCCGCGCCGCCGCGAGCGGCUUCCGCAACGCGACGCCCGUCUGGCUCGACAUCGACGGCAGCUGCUUGCAGCACGGGUCCGAGGUGCCCGUCCCGGCCGUCGGGGGAGGCGGCGGGGGAGGCGGCGGCGGCGCCCAGGUGCCCUUUAGCCUGGCCAUGGACCCGCCCUGGACGGCCGACCUGUCCGGCGAGGUGGUGCUCGUGCUGGCGCACCUGCAGGACGGCGGAGUGGAGCUGGACGUGUGGCGGGGCGCGCGGACCGUGUGUCGGUCUGUGGCGCGGUACGGGGAGGAGGAGCGGGGUCGGCAUGGCGGCGGCGGCGGAGGAGGAGGAGGAGGAGGACGGGAUGCGGUUGCGGGACGCCAUCUGUCGGGUAUGAGCGCCUGCGAGAGGAUUGGGCGGGUCGCGCCGGGGGAUCGGUGGAGUGUGAGGGCGGAUUAUGACUUUGCGAGGCACGCGCCGGUGAUGGAGGGCGCGGCGCCGGCGCCGGUUAUGGGCACUGCGUUGAUGUAUGUGCUUGAGGAUGGGGAGUAGAGGAAGGCAGUAGACACGAAGUUGAGCGUUUGACAGUGGCAGUGGAGGUUGGUCUCAAGCUGAUUCUAGUAUCGUAUUUAGUCGCUGAGAACCCAUGGUGGACGCAGUGCUAAUGAUACACUAAGAGUGACCUUGAAAUAUGCCAUCUAAGUUAUAGCAACCUCUCCUAAAUUGGUUUUAGCAGUGUAAAGGCGCAGUCAGGACCUUAGUUAUUUCGUUUCAAGACUGUCCUUGGCUUUGAUACAAAGUUAGGGCCUCUUACCUUCCUGAACACCC